AUGGACCAACUGUACGGUCUUUACUCUCCCUCCUCCUCCGAUUACCAUCACCCGCCUCCAUUUCCGCCGAAAAAUCUGAUUUCUCCAUCUCAUUACCCGAAUUUUAAUUCUCCUGCGCCAUUUCCGAUCUUUGGAUUCGACCAGCUGUUGUCGGCGUCGUCUGUGGCGGUCUCUGAUGCAACUUCCAUGGUGGCUCAAAUUCAAGGAGGAGGUUCUGGAGAUGAGGUUUCCAGUGCUAUUCGAACCCAAAUCGCUACUCAUCCUCUCUAUCCUAAACUUCUCCAUGCUUACAUCGAGUGCCAGAAGGUCGGAGCGCCACCGGAGGUGGCGUAUCUGUUGGAAGAAAUCAGGAGAGGAAGCGAGCUUUGUAGAAGAAACACCGUUUCCACUUGCUUGGGUGCGGAUCCCGAGCUGGAUGAGUUCAUGGAAACCUACUGCAAUGUACUAAUGAAAUAUAAAUCGGAUCUCGCCAGGCCUUUCGAUGAAGCCACCGCGUUUCUGAACAACAUAGAGACGCAGCUCAAUACUCUCUGCAAUGGUGCUUCCCGAAGCUACGUUUCCGACGAAGUAGCUAGGUCAUUAGAGGAAGGCUUAGAGGAAGUAGAGGGUGGGAAGUUGAAGACAUGGAGGAGUACAAGGAGUGUGGCCUUCACAAAUGAAAUACUAAGCAAGAAGAGGUGUCUGAACUAA